GUUUUAAACUGCAUUAAAUUCACAAAGAAAAAGAAAAAGAAAAAAAGAAAAAGAAAAAGAAAAAAAAAAGAGACGAAUACAAAUUCUGGACUUUGGAGUUGGAUGGGUUGUUGCUAACUCUUCAAGUCUACAGUUGCCUGAAUUUGAAAGCAACCAUCUUUUCACUCCUCGUCUCUCUGUACAAUAUGGCAAUGUACAUUCGAGUUAAGCGUAGUAAGACAACCUACUUCAUUCAGUGUGAUCCUACCGAAAAAAUCCUGGAGAUAAAGCAGAAAAUUCAUGGGCUUAUUGAACAGCCUGUUGAUAACCAGCGGUUGAUUCUUGUAGAAUCGGGGGAAGUGCUCGAGGAUUCAAAGACUUUAGCAGAUCAAAAGGUGGAAAAUGAUGCUGUGGUGGCAUUAACCUUGAGAAAAGAUGAUAAUGAAUUUGAAGAUGUCAACAUCGUAAAGCCAAACGAUUUCUACCAAUCUCGUGAUUCAGAUGGUGGUUCCAAUUGGUAAAUUAAGGUUUAAGUAUAGCUUAGUUUGUUAUGGUGGCAAAUUGGCAAUUGGCAGGCAAUGAGCAGUGAUGGAUGAAAGAUAAUUGGUCUUGGGCUUUCAGUACCUGUUUGCUGGCCGAAACAUAUGGUGUUCGGAAACUAAGAAGAGUAGUAGCUACAAGAAUUCAAUUUCAUGUGUGCUGAUGACAUGUCAGAAUUGCAUGAACUUAUUAAAGUUAGUUGUUUUUGUUAAGGAAAGGCUACUUGAAGUCUUAAUUUGUAUGUUCUAGAAGAUGUUGCUGGACUUUUACUAUACAUGAGUCUUGUUGUAAAUUUGCCGAUUGCCCCAUUCUAUGAGUUAUUCUUGUGCACAUUUUUUUUUGCUAAUUGAAGUUGUAAACUUAGGCUGUC